CAAUCCGAUACUAGUAAAUACGAGUAAGUACUCGAUACUUUUCAUUCGAUACCAAUUACAAAUGGCAUUGAAACAAUCUUUCGAUACUUACUCGGUAUCGAAACAAAAAUACUUGGUAUCGAAUCGAAUCACAAGGGUCAUUAUAAAAAAAUAUUCGUGCUGCCGAACGCAUCGUAUAGAAUGAGUGAGCGAAAGCCCUCUCGCUCGGUUAUCGGUAACUCAGGACACCAUUGGUCGUGUGCGCGUGACGUGACGUGUCACGUGACUCGCGCCAAGCGAGCCGAGUGGAGCCGACCAACGCCGAGACUCUCCGAUCGAGAAGCAGAAGGCAGGCAGCCAUUGUUGUUUGUUUUUCGUUUCGUUAUUUAAACACACGCGUGAUUGUUUGCGAUUACGAGUAAUUUAAUAUAUAGUAGUUUAAUGUUCUAAUGUUGUCAUGGCACCACCAAAAUCAAUAAUAUGGACAUAUUUUACUAAAACAAACGAAACAGUGGCAAAAUGUAAACAAUGUUUUAAGUCGGUGAAGUAUUGUGGCAAUACGUCUAAUUUGUUCAAGCAUUCCAAAACUCAUGGACUCUCUGUUGAUAAAGGCAAAUUACAGAAAAUAUCAGAUAAAGGGACAAAUCAAAGUUUAAAAAGUACAGUCUCGUUGGAUAGCUCAAAGCAUUCAAUGGAAGAUGAUCUAUCCCAACCAUCAACAUCAAAAGUACCAGAAAAUAAUCCAGAUCACGAUGAUGGCAACAGUAAAACUUCAUUGACUAGAACGAAUACAGAUGAUGGAAGUGGGCUUUUUCUGAGUAGUUCUAUAAAAGAGGCUUUCGAUAGAAUUUCAUCCAUUAAAGCUGGUGGCACAAAGUAUAACCGAAUUAUUCAAGCCUUAAUAUUUUUAUCUGCAAAGAUAUGAGACCAUUUCAUAUAGUUGAGGGUGAAGGAUUCUUAAAACUUAUGAAAGAACUGGAACCUAAUUUUAAAGUUCCUAGUUCCAAAUAUUUAAAGAAAAUGACUACGGAAAAGUACGAAGCUUGUGUUGCUAUUUGUAAGUCUAGAUUAU